CAAUCCUUCCUUGCUUGAUCUGCAGCAUUUAAGAUAUUUGGACCUCAGGUCCAAUCAAUUUAAAGGAAGUAUGUUCCCGAAUUUUAAUGGCUCACUGAGCAAGUUAAGAUACUUAAAUCUAAAUAGUGCUGGAUUAAGUUCAACAAUACUCAAUCAGCUUGGGAAUUUGUCGGAAUUGCAGUUCCUUGAUCUUAGUGGAAAUGAUUACAAUAUUUCCAACCUUGAUUGGCUUCAUGGUCUUUCUUCUUUAAGACGUCUUGACCUUACUUGGAACAACCUUGCUGAUGCUAAGGAUUGGCCGCAACUACUCAACAUGCUUCCUUACCUAGAAGAUUUAAAGUUAAGUGGGUGUAAGCUUCCGAGAAUCCUUUCUCCACCUUCCCUCACUAAUUCGACUUCAUCACCAAUUUCCAUUGAUCUCUCUAGAAACAAUCUUACUUCUUCCGUGUACACAUUAUUGUUCAAUAUUACCAGCAAGAUUGUUGAUCUUGACCUUUCAGAUAACUUGUUAGGUGGCUCAAUUCCAGAGUUUUUUGAGAAUAUGAUUUCUCUUAAACAUCUUUAUUUAUGGAGAAAUAAUUUUGAAGGUGAAAUUCCGAAGUUCCUUGGUAAGACAUGUACUGUUGAAACAUUAGACCUUUCUUACAACAACUUCAGUGGAUCAAUGAUUCCUGGGUUUCUUGGGUGCUUAGAAAAUUCAUUGCAAUUUUUGGACCUAUCUAGAAAUAACUUUCAUGGUCCGUUAAUGUCACCGUAUAUUGCAAGAUUUUCUUCAUUAAGAGAGCUUUAUCUCUCAGAUAAUAGAUUGAAUGGCUCUUUGUCAAAGAGCUUUAAUUUCAAACAACCUUCCAAUCUUGCUGUCUUGCAGUUAUCGGGAAACCAACUUACAGGAACUUUACCUGAUUUCACAACACUUUCUUCCUUGAAAGAUUUAAGAAUUGGUGGUAACCAAUUAAACGGGACUAUUCCUGAAAGUUUGGGAUGCUUAUCGGAGCUUGAAUAUAUGGAUGUUUCUUGGAAUUCUUUUGAAGGUGUGAUAUCUGAAACACUUUUCAAAAAUCUCUCCAAAUUAAAGUUUCUUGACUUGUCGUAUAACCAUUUGGUUGUGAAUUUCAGCUCUGUUUGGGUCCCCCCUUUUCAGUUGCAAUAUAUUUAUCUAUCCUCUUGCAAACUGGGGCCGCACUUCCCAAUAUGGCUCCAAACUCAAAAAGGUUUUGAGCAACUUGAUAUCUCCUGUGACGAAAUCUCAGAUACUAUUCCCAAUUGGUUUUGGGUCCUGCCUCCACACCUAACUCAUUUAAAUCUCUCUCAUAACAGUUUCAAUGGCAUGCUACCACAAUUAUCAUCAACCAAGUUUCUCAGUAAUGUUGGAAUAGAUUUAAGUUCAAACCUGUUGGAGGGUCCGUUGCCAUUGUUUCUUUCUAAUGUGUCAUCAUUGAAUCUCUCUAAAAAUAAGUUCUCAGGAUCAGUUUCUCCUUUAUGUAAGAUUAAAGCUGAGGUUUUGAGCUUUCUUGAUCUUUCUAGUAACUCAUUGUCUGGAGUAUUUCCCGAUUGUUUUGUUCAUUGGGAAGCCCUCGUGGUUUUGAACUUAGCUAAUAACAACUUCUCAGGAGGUAUUCCAAGAACUUCUGGAUCAUUGUCGUCAAUUGAAUCAAUUAAUUUAAGCAAUAACAAAUUCUCUGGAGAUUUGCCCUCUUCUCUGAAGAAUUGCAGUCAGUUGAAAUAUUUGGAUCUAAGUAAUAAUAAAUUGUCUGGAAAUAUACCAGCUUGGAUAGGAGAAAAUCUGUCAUCUUUGAUUUAUCUGAGCCUACAAGGUAAUGAGUUCAAGGGAAAGAUACCUGUCAACUUAUGUCAAUUAGCAAAUAUACGGAUCCUGGACCUCUCUCAGAACACCAUCUCUGGAACAAUACCAUUGUGUUUAAAUAAUCUGACGGCCAUGUCUCGAAAAGGAGACUCAAAUGACAUCGUUGAAUAUGAUUAUCUGUCUUCAUGGCAAGAAGGAUCUAAUGGUGAUUUGCUAAGUGGUUUUAGAGGCAACUAUGUUGAGAAUGCAUGGGUUGAAUGGAAAGGAAAACACUAUGAGUACGAAAGAUAUCUUGGAUUGCUAAGGAUCAUUAAUCUUGCUGGAAACAAAUUGGUUGGAAAAAUUCCAGAUGAGAUAACAAGCCUUUCUGAAUUGGUUCAAUUGAACUUAUCAGGGAACAAUUUGGUAGGGUUCAUUCCUGAAACAAUUGGUCAUUUGAAACAGUUAGAAUCGCUUGAUUUGUCAAAAAAUCAACUGUCGGGCCAAAUCCCAGCGAGCAUGGUUGAUCUAAACUUUUUGAAUUACUUGAACUUGUCGUAUAAUAAUUUAUCAGGAAGAAUUCCAUCAAGCACUCAAAUGCAAACAAUGGAAGUGUCAGCCUUCGUUGGUAACCAGGCACUAUGUGGGCCUCCAGUGACGCAGCAGUGCCCUGAAGAUGAAGCAACCCAAGGUCAACCACCUAAUGGUGAAAUUGAAGAUGAAUUCAACAAAUGGUUUUAUGCUGGAAUGGGAGUCGGAUUCUUUAUUGGGUUUUGGGGAGGUUUUGCUCCUUUAUUGUUAAAGCGUUCUUGGAGGCAUGCAUAUUUCCGGUUCUUGGACAACUUGAAGGACUCACCCUACGUGACAAUCACUUUGUGGGGAUCAAGAUUGCAGAGGAGGCUGAAGAGCUAGAGGCUACUAAUACUUUCUAGAGGUAGCAGCACUAGAUUUAUGGACUGUGGAUUCAGGAAGAUGGGAAACAUAGCAGACAAAGGUCCUGAAAGGAUGAAAAGUUUGUUGAUGAAUAAUCUACCUCGAAAUCAGCUUCUGGUCUAUGUAUUUUACAAUUUUGUGUGUAAUUGAUGACAUUAUAGACAUCAGUUGUACCUGUUUCAUUAGCUGAAAUAGAUAUUUCAU